ACUGAAUGCACGCGAGGAAUGCAACAAUCGCGCAGUUGCGGGCGCGAGCUUGUGAUGUGAUAGUGGUAGGUGUAAGUUGGCGUGAAGCUGACUGGCGCACGGUACUUGCGGUGAGCACUUGCUGGUCGCGGGUGUUCGUACAAGUUGGUGUUGUAAUAACCUGUCAUCAUAACCGCUGCCGCCGAUCCGAAGAUGAUUCCGCGCGACUUGCGUACGCGAUUCAGCUCUUCCUGCCUAGCCCCGAGCCUGCCGUUCGCGGCUGAGCGACGCGCGUGACGUGCGCCGGUGACACCGAUGCGAGGACGAGGGUGUCCUCGCGGACCUUCCACUGCGGCGGACGACGAUGUCGGGCAGCAGCGACUCCGAGGAGUUUUUCGACGCGGAGGACGACUCGUUUCAUCGCGUCUCGCGGAAAGUUAAGCAGCGUGAUGCUGUCAACAAUGAAUCUCAAUCUGAUAAAACAUCAGAAACUUCCAAACAAGUAGACGAUCAUGUUUUUGCAAAACCUGCUGAGCCUAAAUCGAUCGUUGAAUCCAAGGAUCUUGUCCAAAUUAAAGAUAAAGUUGAUGAAGAUAGCAAGGAAUCAACGACGACAGACAAGAUUGUGGGGAGGAGAAGAUUUCGUGAGCUUCGCCAACGUAUGCAAACAGAAGAUGACGAUAUUCCGAUUAAUAGUUCCCCUCCAGACAGCCAGACAUCUUCCAUCGAGGGUGUUUAUCCCACCCCUUCAAAAACGACCCAUCCAUUCAGAAUCAUAGAGCAUGACACUCUUAGCUUACAAAGUAUGACCUCCCUAGGACGAGUGGGCCGAAUUCUGGCAGGAGUCGCAGAUAAUGCUUCUGGUGUACUUGUAUCUGGUAUAUCCCAGUGUCCUCCUUCUGCCGCCCUUACCCGUGAGAGUCAGAUGUCCUCCAUUGCUAGUAUUCCAAGCAAAGACGAGGACACAACCUCUGGUAAGGUGUCCCAGUCUUCCAGCAUCCUUACGUUAUCAGGGGAUGUCCUUCAGGAAUCCUCUGUUAACAGUAGGUCCAAUUAUACUUCUCACUCGCAAAGUGACAAGACUGUUAUGCUUCAAGAACCCGAUGUCAUCGCUAGUACAAAGAAUAACGGGAAAUCAAUGGAAGAUGUUGCGGUGCCUGGUGUGCCCGUUGCUCCACCGCGCCGUAAAAAGAAAACGAAGGCUCAUACACCGAGUGACCUUGCUCCGUCUGUGGAAGCGCUUGUACCCGCAUCGCCGCUUCCAAGUCCAGCGAGUACCAUAGAGUCGAUCACUAGAGAGUUCGAGCAUUCACUUGAUAUUCGAUCCGCGACAAAAGGGCAGUACGUCGUCAAACCGCAGGAUGAGGAUAAAUCGAGAGCGGAAGGACCGUCUAGUGAAGAAUUAGAAAGGGUAGAGAGAAUGAAAGCUGAGCUGCUUAGUGUAAGAUCGAGUGAGAAAUCUAGUAGUCCACUAGGAUCAGUAUCGAGCAACAGUAUUGGCCGUUAUUCUUUAGGUCCUCAUAAGUUCUCAGGGAUGAGCCCACAAGGUUCCAAAGAGCGGCGUAAAUCCGCUGGCGAUCAAGACAUGGUUAAGCAGUUGAAUAUGUUCGUGAGAACCAGAACAGAUUCUGGCAAGCGUCUUACUGAUAUGGAGAUCUUGGAACAAGUGACCGUAUUGAAUUUAGAUACGGGUGAACGAGUGCCAUUAAGUAUAGCGGAGGACAAGUUGCCGCAGUGCAUUAAUCCUUUGUCGUUACACAUUAUGAGGCUUACGUCUGAGUACAUCAGCAACUCUAGUCUUGAGAAAGAAAAAGAGAGCGACGAGGAGAGCGUGGAUAGCAAGAUGUCCAGUAUACCUCCUGACGAGGACGUGUCUGUAGGUAGGGUUCGUAAGCGAACGCAAAAGCUGAAGCGAUUCCUAGGCUCCACCGUGAAGAAGACAAUGGAUAAAGCGAAAUCCAUCGCGCAAGAGGUAUCGCAUGCGAGGCACAAAGAGGAUGUUAUGGAUAUAGUGGACGAGGUCUAUCCUGGCGAGCAACAGUAUAUCAAACUGAAGGCAUCGAAUAGUCACAAGGGUCCGUAUGAGUUCAGCUGCCUGCAGCACGUUCAGGAUCUCAGCGGCGAACACGUGGGGCCUGUUUGGUGCAUGAAAUUUUCCGCAUGCGGCCGACUGUUGGCCACCGCCGGGCAAGAUCGCGUUCUCAGGAUUUGGGUGCUGCGAGAUGCCUUUACGUAUUUCCAGGACAUGCGAACGAAGUACAAUGCCGAGAAAGUCAGUCCUACACCUUCGCAGGAAUCGUUGGUCUCGCAACAAUCUAUGGAGGAUCCCAACGUCGUGGCUAGUGCCUUCAGCGAAAUAGAAGGAACGAAAAGCCCGUUCAUGCCAAAGCCAUUUUGUACAUACACCGGUCAUACCUCUGAUCUGCUCGAUGUCUCAUGGUCUAAGAAUUACUUCGUUUUAUCUUCAUCGAUGGAUAAAACUGUCAGGCUUUGGCACAUAUCCCGCAAGGAGUGUCUAUGUUGCUUUCAGCAUAUCGAUUUUGUCACCGCGAUAGUAUUUCAUCCGCGGGACGACCGGUACUUCCUCUCAGGAUCGUUAGAUGGCAAACUGCGCCUGUGGAAUAUCCCGGACAAGAAAGUCGCCGUGUGGAACGAAGUGGACGGACAGACGAAAUUAAUUACCGCGGCGAAUUUCUGUCAGAACGGCAAGUUCGCGGUCGUCGGCUCGUAUGACGGUAGAUGCAUAUUUUACAAUACCGAUCAGCUCAAGUAUCACACGCAGAUACAUGUACGGUCGACGAGAGGAAAGAAUUCCACCGGUCGCAAAAUCAGCGGUAUCGAGCCGAUGCCGGGCGAAGACAAGAUUCUGGUCACGUCGAACGACAGCCGUAUUCGUCUGUACGAUUUGCGGGACCUAAAUCUGUCCUGCAAGUACAAGGGAUACGUGAACGUCAGCAGUCAGAUUAAAGCGAGCUUCAGCCCGGACGGACAAUACAUAGUUAGCGGCUCGGAGAAUCAAUGCAUUUAUAUCUGGAAGACCCAUCACGACUAUUCCAAGUUUUCCAGCGUCCGUAGGGAUCGGAAUGAUUUUUGGGAAGGCAUAAAGGCACACAAUGCUGUGGUGACGUGCGCCGUGUUUGCACCAAAUCCCGAUAGUAUUAUCAAGCAGAUCGAGGCGAGAGAACAGUGGGAAAGCAAGGAUGACUCCAAAAGUGUGGAUAGUCCCAACGUGGGUGUUGUUCCCGUUGAUCCUGUCGUUGAGCAACGCACUAAAGGCUGCGGAGGCCACGUUCUCGUGAGCGCCGAUUUUAAUGGAUGUAUAAAGGUUUUUUUAAACAAGACGAAACCCAAGCAUAGUUCCCUACCAGCAUCCGCACUCGCGUAACGUAUUGUUGUAUAAAUUUAUAUAUACGCGGUGGCCCAUGUAAAGCUCAACAAUUUUGUAUCCCGAGAUAAUCAAUUUUGAUUAUUCUGGUUCCGAAUUUUAUCGAUCCCAGGAGUCUUUAAAUCUACGUCAAGACUCAUCCUCAUUUGUCUCGUUUGAAGGUGGCGAUAACUUUGAAAUUUCAAGUGAGUAAACUUUAGUAGACAUGGUGACAUCGCUGUUAAUUUAACUUUCUCCGCGUCACUGUUAUCACUUUCUGACAUAAAGACAUUUACACUUACCUCGUGUGAUUCAGAAAAUCGCCUGUGUAAAAAAUAUGUGUGUAUAUAUAUAUAUAUUUUUUUUUUUUUAAGUAAAACUGUUAAAAUUCUUUGAUCUAAUGUUGAGCCUUACGUGAGCGAUCUUAUAUAUAUUUAUAUAGUAUAUAGUGAUAGAAAUAAGAAAUGUAAUAUCCGCGCGCGAAUACUCUUCCUUUGCAUCUUUAUGUAUUGUAAAUUUUACUGUGUGUCCUUUCCGUGAUGAGGAGGCGCACGGUUGUAUGCAAUUAUUUGUUUAGCAAUAUAUUGUUUACGCUAAGUUGCGCAAAAUAUCUAUUUCACUGUUACUACGAAGGCCGUUUCGCACAGAAUAAUAUGUUGAUGAUAUAUGAGUUCCCACGAGAUCAUGCUUGAAUGUUUUAGUUCCAGUAAAACGAUUAUCACAAUAGCGAAUACUAUCGGUAUUAUACGUCACAUAUGGAUAUUACAAUAAUAACACCGUUGACGUUGAACAAGUGAGAUUCGAGUAUACACUUGGAAUCUCUUUUCUGCCGAAAGCUUUUUCUAUCUUUCCUUUUUGUAUUGCAGUUCGACGGUGCUGGUCCACUGUUACCAUCGAGUUACUAUUUUACGAGAGAUUUAUCAAAAUUAUGUCAUAUAGUACAUGAUAAUUGUGAAGUUGUCCAUGAAAGUAUGUGACGAAUAUUGAAUAUCGUUCGUUAACACAUAUUACAUGCGACAACGAAAUAAAGUUACAAACGAAGACAACACAAGAGCACCUUGGUGAAAACGAAGUAUAAAAAGAAUAAAAAAGAAGAAGUAGAAAGAAAAGCAAAAAAGUACGCAGACGACGAGUAAUAAAUAAUUCAAAUAGCUCUCGUUUUAUUGAUUAACCACCGAACUCGCAGGUUUAUAUAACUUUUCGAUCAUUUAUCAAUAGGGCGAAGUGUUAAAUAGGAAUUGCUAAUUUUUAUGGAUAUUGAAUCGGAUUUUGCAAUCCUGAUGAUUUCUAAAACGCGUUCGACUAGAACACAAUAGCUGUAAGAUAGUGUAACACAUCGAAGACAAUAUCAAAAGUGUUUUGAGGUUGAAAUACCACGUGGUUACGUUUUUUCUACGAGCGUCCUCGGUAUUUUAGAGAAGAUAUAACGCGUUAUCUUCAUCGUGAAAUUUUAGAGUAACGUUUGUGAGGCGUGUUAUAUGAUUUGACGUUGCGCUAUGUGUAAAGGAUGCGUCGGUACCCGUAAUAUACGUACAUACACACAUAUAGCUCACACCUUGUAUAUUAAUGUUUUGCGGUAGAAAUUGUCAUACGCUCACGACACUCGCUACUUAGAUUUUAACGCAAUGUUGUAGAAUACGCCACACUGAUCCGAUGUUAUAAUAGACGCGUUAUGCAUGCUACGUGCGCAUCUUGCGUCAUUGUCAAUUACGGAGAAACUGGAAAUUAUUAUCUUUAAGGAUAAACAUGCAUGAGGACAGUUCGAUAUUGUCCAGGACUCGAUGCAUCAUGUUUCACGUUUUAUUUUCUACAUUGAGCAGUUAGCGAUUUUUGAAAAAGUUCGCACAAUUAAUGAGAUAUGAAGUAAUCUAAACUUCUCACAGCAAUGAGUAAUGAGAUCCGAGUUGCGGAUAGCGUAAAAUGUGUUUAAGCUAUAUCGUGAUCUUAAUGUAAAUAUACAAGGAGGGAUUGUAGGUAUUUUGUGUAAAUGCAAUUGUAAAUACAUCGUGUAUCGGUAUCUGUCGAUGGUAGCCAGCACAAAAGCUAUUAUUUCCCGUAGCGGUCGUGUAAUAUAAACUGUAUUAAUAGUUUAUUGACAUAUUGUACUGUGUCUGAUUUUUAGGCCUGUCUCACGUACGUUGGUACACAUAAAUCUACAUUAAUCAUC